AUGUUGUCAGCACAAGAGCAGACGGGGAACAGUACUGAUGUGAAGGGAGAAGCAGACAGGCAGAAACCACCGCCGUCAGCAUCGAAAUUAAAGCCCCCGACUAGUCGAAUUAAUUCGUCAUUGAGAGCACCUCCAUUCAAUCUCGCAACUCCAGUAAACAAUACACUGUCAUCAACAUCUGGUGAUUUGGUAGCUGGCCUACAAGACGAAUCUACAAAACCUGUAGUAGUAGAUAAGCCUGCUGCUAACGAUAGCGAUAAGGCAGGAGCAAGUGCAUUACCAUCUCAAAUUCCAACAAAACCACCACCACCAACAACAACGACAACAGCAUCACCAGAGGAGACAUUCAAAGUACACACUGCAAGUACUUCCCUCAAACGAAAAGCUCCUGAUGACGUGACUGUGAGCAGUGCUACAAGUAACAUUGCCGCUACCAGCAGUAGUACCCGCAAUACAAGAGCCAGAGUAGAAAUCCCAGCACCAAAGAAACCACCGACUCCAGCAACAUCUGGUAGAAUGACGACUACGACUAGAUCAGGUGCUUCAUCAUCAGUCGGGAAACCUACCGCUGCUUCUAAAGCAAAGAGAACAGCUGCUGCUUCUAGUAGUGCUCCAAGGGAGCCAGUCAAUUCGAAUGCUUCUGCUUCGGCUGAUAAUGGUGAAGUAUCGAGCGAACUCAAGAAGAAGAAACGACCGGCUUGGGAUUUGAAGGGCCGUCUUCAAGAUUUGGAAGAUCAGCAUGCUACAACAGAACGUGAGAAAGAUGAAUCCAAGAAGCUCUUGACGGAAAUGACUGACAAGUUGGAUCAAAGCCAAACUAAAAUGCAAGAACUAUUAGAGUUUCGAUUCACGUUAGAAAAUAAGGUUCAAGUCAAGGAACGUGAAAAUACUGAUAUGGCUCGUGAUAUCAGUGAUCUGAAAUAUGAAAACCAGUCUUUGAAAACCAAGCACGAAGAUGAACUCGCAUCUAUGAAAUCUCGGUAUAAUCGAGAAAUGGACGAUAUGAAGGCCUCAUUGGCCUCUUCUCAAAGGAAUUUGGAGAAUACACAAGCUGAACUUACAAUCUCCAAGCAGGAGAACCUUCAGCUGAGGGCAACCGUCUCAUCACAAUCAGCUGCCUCAUUGUCGAUUGAGAGUGAUUGUAGAAUGUUGAGGCUCAAGCUUGAAACAACUGAAGAGUCUGUCAGGAUACGCGACUCCAAAAUUGGAGAACUAGAGUCACAGGUGCUUGAGAUGAAGACGACCAUUACGAAGAUGGAAAACAAGGUUCGAGAAGAAGAGACUCUUCGACGACGGCUCCAUAAUAUGAUACAGGAGCUGAAGGGCAACAUUCGUGUGUUUUGUCGAGUACGGCCACCAUUAGAAAGUGAAAUCGUUGAUAGAAAGGUGGAAGAGCUGAUGUCACAUAUCAACUUCCCUGAGAAUGAAGAGGAGAAUGCCAUUGAAUUGAGUCAGUUAUCUGAAAACGUUCAAGGAUCUAAACCAGUGACGAAAUCAUAUCCAUUCACAUUCGACCGAGUCUUCCAACCGAAAGUCUCUCAAGGCGAGGUGUUUGAUGAGAUAUCGCAAUUGGUUCAAUCGGCUUUGGAUGGAUAUCCAGUCUGUAUCUUUGCAUACGGUCAGACUGGUAGUGGGAAGACCUUCACAAUGGAAGGGCCGGAUAACUGUUUGGAAGAUGAGAAAAGCAUGGGAAUGAUACCACGUGCAGUCUUACAAAUCUUUGAGUGUGCUGAAAAGCUCAAAGAAAAGGGUUGGACGUAUACUAUGGAGGCACAAUUUCUGGAGAUUUACAACGAAUCUAUUCGUGAUUUGCUCGCACCCAAGAAUGAUGAUAUUAAGCAUGAGAUUAAGCAUGAUAAUGUUACUGGAAAGACUAGUGUAACGGAUAUGACGACUGUCGUGGUGAAUACUCCAAAGGCCGUACAGUCUGUAUUAAAGAAGGCUUCACAAAAUCGUGCUGUCGGUGCGACUCAAGUCAAUGAAAGAUCUUCGCGUAGUCAUAGUGUAUUCAUAUUAAGGCUAGUCGGACAUAACUCUGCUACAGAAGAAACUAGUGAGGGAGUUUUGAAUCUGAUUGAUUUGGCUGGGUCUGAACGAUUAUCAGCGUCUGGAUCAACAGGAGAUAGACUGAAAGAGACUCAAGCCAUAAACAAGAGUCUGGCAUGUCUUGGUGAUGUGAUUUUCGCAUUGGCGAACAAGGAUCAGCAUAUUCCGUAUCGAAAUUCCAAGUUGACGUAUCUGUUGCAAAACUCUUUGGGAGGUAACAGCAAGACUCUCAUGUUUGUCAAUGUUUCGCCACUUGCAAACAACUUUAAUGAGACGUUGAAUUCAUUGCGAUUUGCUACCAAGGUCAACUCUUGCCAAAUCGGAACUGCUCGAAAACAAAUCAAGGCAGUCUAG